AGAGGUUUUGGACACAUAUUGCGCCACAGAAACAUUUUUACGGUUGUAUAGGCCUGCUAUACCCCUCUAUUGAUGGUUAAGCUUUCUUUCGACAAGACGGAGGGAGCUUGAUCGAGGUUUUACCCCACAUAACAAUGUAUGGACAAAUUUUCAUUCGUGUAUGCUCGUUUGAGAGGUAAACAUCCGUGAAUGCAUACUUGCAAUUCGCCAUCGAACACGUUCCAAAUACUUCCGGCAUCAUAGGUAUAGGCCUACUGUUAUUUUCUGAACCAGAAGACAGAGCUGUAUAUACCAGCGAGAACAGUUAACUUAUAUAUACCUUCAUUGUCCUGAUCAUAAUCUUUGGACGAUGCAGGAUAUGGCGGAUACAAAGCCCUUCCGGGUCAUCAUGUGGUGUGUGCCCCGAUCAGCUUCGUCUGUACUCACCAAAUGUUUUAGUUUCAUCGAAAAUACACAGGUCUGGUUUGAGCCGUACACCAUGGCCUUCUUUCAAGACUUUCAAUUCAAACAGAGAACUGGAAGUUAUCUCCCAAAUUCUGCCGAUGAUUUCGAUUCGAAAGACUUCAUGAGACAGAAACGAUUGCAUGCUCAAGGGACGUCUCUUGAACACCUCUUCAAUCUGCCAAGUGUAGACGAAACUCUUAUUUUGCGUGAUAGUGUUAGGAGACAAUUAAGUAGCAUACCCGCAGGUGAAUCAGUCUUCGUUAAAGACAUGGCGUACGGUGUCACAGAUUUCCUGGAUCUUCUACCGACAAAGGACUCCGGGUUCCAGCACAUCUUCCUCAUUCGAAAUCCGAAGAAAGUGUUUCCGGCGUGGCGCCGACUAAUCCUCGCACAACUCACCAGUGAUCAACCCCCUGCCGGACAAGCCCCCACGUUUGAUGAUGAAACCACAUUUGAUAUGACGUCAGACGUCCCCUACAUGAUGCCAGGCUAUUCAUACAAAUGCCAGUAUGAUUUGUGGAGAUACGUUAAGGAAAAUAUCAAUCCAAACCCCAUCGUUAUUGACGCAGACGACAUCUUAUCCGAUCCACUGACGAUGCUAUCGAAGUUUACCGAUGCAACUAAAAUGCCCUUCAAUGGCUCGGCGUCUCUGAGUUGGGAUGCGCGCGCCGAUGUGGUGUCCAAGUGGAGGUGCUUUAUACCUUUAGCAAAUGCCAGACCUGAUGAUUUUAUCUAUCGGACGCACUCUAAGUCCAUCUUUAGCUCCUGUUUUGAAAGAAGGGUAAAUCCGAAGCAGCCUGGUAGAGAACUUUCUUCCGAUGUGAUCAAAUGUAUUGAAGCGACGAUGCCCUAUUACAUGGAAAUGGCACAAUAUAAACUAACCUGAUCGUCUCGAUGUCAAACUAAUACAUGUAGCAGUUUCUAAUUGUCACAUUUUUUGUCCGAAGUAAAAGAGAGAAAUUGUGUUUAGACCACAACAUUCUGUUCUUGAAAUGAACCUUGAACUAUAAUUUAUUUAAUGAUUUGAAAUAAUUAUUACCUUUUGGUGAGGUUUUUUUUAUUCAAGAUGGUUUGCUCUCUCAGCCUCUCUUAGGGUUAAUGGGAAAGUCAGGACAAACAUGUAACGCGGGAUAUUUUUUGUUGUAGAUUUGAAUAACUAUGCAAAUAAGACUGACCAAAACAAAUUGGUAGUGAUUGCUUCAUUGUAGUUUAAUUAUUGUACAUUACAUAUACUCGAUAUUUUAACAUUUUCUGACCUGCAGUGCAUGCCUGGUUUCAUAUUUGUCAAUACUGACACAAAAAUACUUGAAUAAUCAUUAUGGCGAUGUAAAUGCCCUCAUUGGUAUGUAAUCUUAAAUUGUGCUUUGGGCCAUUGUUAAUUUUGUGCCUCCGACAUAUAGUGCCCGGAUGAGUUAAUAAUGUAACGCGGGAUAUUUUUUUUUUUUUUGGGGGGGGGGGUUAUUUUUUGUUGUUACUUUGAAUAACUAUGCGAAUGAGCAAACGCUGAUAUAAGAUAUAAAUGUACCAUUUAACUUUCAAAUUCCAUUCAUUUGUUAUUACGAUUUCGUCUGUGGUUAUUAUAAAGGCCAAUCUCAGAUGUUUUACCCUAUUCGUUUCCCAAAGUACACGCA